CAGCAUUGGGGCAGCACAGAAAGCAGUGUUGCUGUAGAACAAAGACACUGAGUAAACUCAGCUCACUAUCUUCCUGCUGUGAUAUCCAGAUGACUGGUGGGAACCGUCCCGAUUGGUCAGCUAACUCUGCUGUAGACGAAAACCCCGCGCGCGCCUGAAAGAAAAAGCCGCCUUUUGGGGAUUCCACUCUGGGAGCAGAGCAGUCGGUGGAGACCAGGUCGGUGCUGCUAUGAGUUGCAUGAUGAUGCCGAGGGUGCAGCCAGGAUCCCCGCAGAAGGGCCGCGGCCAGAUACAGGUCAUCUUUGGACCCAUGUUCUCUGGAAAAAGCACUGAACUGAUGCGCCGAGUCCGUCGAUUUCAAAUUGCACAGUAUAAAUGUCUACUAAUCAAGUAUGCGAAAGAUACACGCUAUUGCGUCAAUGGAGUCUCCACACAUGACAGAAACACCAUGGGGGCCAUGUCAGCUUGUUGUCUCAAAGAUGUCCAGCAGGAGGCUCUGAAUUCCGCUGUGAUUGGCAUUGACGAAGGCCAGUUUUUUCCAGAUAUAGUUGAGUUUUGUGAGACAAUGGCCAACGCAGGGAAGACUGUCAUUGUGGCAGCCCUCGAUGGAACAUUUCAGAGGAAGGCUUUUGGAAACAUCUUACAACUGGUCCCCUUAGCAGAGAGUGUCGUGAAACUUAACGCUGUUUGUAUGGAGUGUUAUCGUGAGGCCUCUUACACUAAAAGGUUGGGAACAGAGAAAGAGGUGGAAGUAAUAGGAGGGGCAGAUAAAUAUCACUCAGUCUGCCGGGUCUGCUAUUUCAAGAAUCGACAACAGUUGGUAUCUGAAAACAAAGAGAACCUGCUAGGUGGGAAUAAGCCACUGGAUAUUAGUGCCUCCAGGAAAGUCUUGGCUACUCGUCAGAUCAUGCAAUCUAAUUGAACAAAGGAAGCAAGAGAUCUGAUUCCCAGGUGGAUUUGAGGAAACAUUUUCCUGUCCUUCUUUCUAGCUUUGUAUUAAGCUGAUGUCCCUCCAACAAAUCAAAAAGAGUUGUUUUUAUGAGGAGCAACAAGGCUCGAGGACAUUAUAACAUGCUAUGAAUAAGGAUGUUCUAUAUUGAGAAUUGCACUGGUUUCUUAGUCUCUAGAGGGAAGAUUUUGUAAUGUCAUUAGUGGCAUUUCCUCUUGCACAAAAUUUCCCCAAACGGUUUAAUUCAGAGUUUUAACGGCCGUAAUAGCUAAAAUAAAUUUACUAACAGCAAGUUGCACUAUGAAACUGGAACAUUGUUUUUCUAAAUCCAUCAAAUUGGGGUUUGAGGGAAGGGGAAUUCUUACUCUAUUCAAUAGGUAAAUCAUUUAGAAUGAAACAGGCUGUUGGGCUGUAAAGACUGAAUAGGUUAACUGAACAAAAUGUAUUUUUAUUUGGUGCUGUGUGUAUCUGCCUGUAAGUAAAG